CGGAUAAUAUAAAAGAAAAUAGUGUAUUUUCUAUUCAUCAUUACAAAAUGAAAGUCAUCUUUUUUCUAACAUUUUCUCUAUCAUUGCUUGUUUUAAAGGUAAAUUCAAAUAGUACAAAAUUAGCAAUAUUUUCACCUGUAAAUAAUGAAACAUGUUCUAAAUUGGCCUAUAAAAUUUUAAAUUUUAUUUUCAAUGAAUUACCUUUUGCUAUGGACAAACAAACUUAUGAAAUGACAAUUGCGUCUAUUUCAUUUAUUAUUGAUUUUGACUUGUUAAAAGACCAUGAGGAAUUAUCUGAAGCUGUUUGUACAAUUCUUAACGCCAAGACGUUGUUUGAGAUGUGUCAGGGAAUUAGAAAAUAUUUCAUUGGUAGUAAAUCCGUCAUUGAAUUGUCUUUCAUGUUUGAGAGGCAACAUGCCGCUUUCGAACAAUAUCUAGCCACUAACUAUUAUUUAAAACAUGUUAGAGAGCUGAAAGAUUUCUUCAAAUAUUUUAGUGAAUAUUUCGUUGGAAAAAACCCUUUUAAUAUGGCGGGAAGUGAUGAGGAAAUUGAUAAACUUGUAAGUGGAAUGUCUCCAAUAGAAGAUGACGAGGAUGUCGUUAACGUAGCUAGUGGAGGGAAGCCUUUGAGGGAAGAAGAUGAGAAAAUUGCUAGACUAGUCAAUGCAAUGUCUUCAAAACAUGGCUCUGAUUGGUUGUAUAAUCUACACGAAUCUCAUAUAUUUUCUUAUCUUUUUCAAACAAACAAUCAAUUGGAAGAUAAUGAACGAAUUAGAUAUAUUGCUAGAGCAAUAAUAGAAAAAUGUCCUAAAAAUUUGUCAAUAUCUCGUCAAAGUCUGGAAAACUUCAUUAUUGCAGCAUAUAGUGUGCUAGAAAAUCGAGCAGAUAUAAACAAAGUAGUGGAAGCUUACGAACAUGGCUUCGAAAUAGCUGAGUACUUCAGUAAAGCUGACAUCUUUAACAGACCAAAAUGUAAUAAUGUUGGAACUGUCGAAAAAAUAAUUACAUUCCUAACUGAGCAUAAAAAUGAGGUAUUGAAACUACUACCGGAAAUAAAAGAAUUGCGAGUAGAAUUAGAAAGGCCUACUAGUGGUUUAAAAUUGGUUGUUUGCAAUAUAAUCAAUUCCAAAGACUUAACAGAAUUCAACAAUAGAAUAGCAAUGUAUACUUUUACGCCUAAAUUGACUAUUGAAAAAUAUGAAAGCCUAGUAGCGUCUCUUCUUCUCCUUCCUUCAGAGUUCUAUUACAAAUCAAUAGAGAUUGGCAAAGAUUUCUUAUUGAAAAAUGGUCUCUUUAACAAUUCACCUUCAAAUCUGAUCAAGAUUGGUCAACAGCUGACGGAUAUUUAUAACGAUUUGGAAAAUAUAGGCCUAGUCAACCUGAUAAAGCAACUUCAGAAAACGUGUAAUAGCACAAAAUAUAAAAUAUAAAAACCUAUUGCAUUGAGGCUAAUGUAGUUUUGUUUAUUUAAAACCAAAUUCGAAUAGUUUUAUUUUGCUUUUUAAAUAUUAAUUUUUUUACCAGAAACUUGAGCUCUAGAUGCUUUGUUGUACAUUCAUUGUAUUUCUGUUGGGUAUAUUCAAUUGGAUGACCACCUGUCUUUGUAUGAUGUAUUAGCAUAGUUUCUCCUAUUUAAAAGAGAGAACCAAUUAAGGUCAUCAUUAAUUAAGGGUUUUAGCAAUGAUAAAUUCACAAUAUUCACUACUGGAAGUCAAAAAGGCAAAGAAUUA